GCCAAGACCGCCGUCCUUCGCUUCUACCCACCAACAUCCACCAACGAAGAAGAGCCAGAUAACGAAGGCGUCCCUGCGAAGAAACCUAAGUUAAAUGAGCUUGAAAAUAAUUUCCUGGAGAUUUCAGAGAAUACCCAGAAUCCUCUGCGUUGUCCCGUCAGGCUUUAUGAGUUCUACGUCUCCAGGUGCUCGGAGCUGGUGAACCGGUGCAGCAGCUUCUUCUACCUUCGUCCGGAUCGCCGCUGCAAUCCCAGCAGCCCUCUGUGGUUCUCCCCCACCCCGCUGGAUGACGCCACCAUGGAGGCCAUGAUCAUACGUUUCCUCGCUGUCCGAGAGCUGCAGGAGGAGGAUGGAGGCGAAAUGUGACCGGACUGACGUUCAGCCUCCACCAACGCCUGAUAAAGACUACACUCAUUUCCUCAGUUGUUUCUGGACACCGUUUUUAGUUUGUGCCUUCAGCUGCGUUUAAAGAUGUGUAAAACAUAAACAGAAAUGACUUCAUAACGCUCAGUUUCAUUAGCGAGAAAUGCCGGACCUCCAUUUUCCAGAUCGAAACACCACACUGGACGUAUAAAUCAGCCACUGUGUCCCAACAAGUUCAGUGUUCAUUAGGUUAGUCUCUAUUUAGAUUAAAUAAAUAAAUGGUUAAAUAGAGCUGACUAGUUUCGAGAAACUGAGAAAGUUUUACACUCAUUUAAACUGCAUUUCUCUUUUCUGUCUUUUUACCAAGUUGAAUUGGUGCUUUUUAUUUUUUAUAAAUAAAAAUACUGAAAAGUA